AUGGAGAAUUUCCCCCAUGAUGAGACCGCUGGUCAUUCCGGGUUCGAGAGGGAGUUGCCUGAAGACACAGUUCAGUACCUGAUCUUCAUGAUUGAUGCCAGUGCUGACGCCCGAUCUACUCUGGUAAAACUCGAGGCUUUACGCAAAGAAGCACUGAGUUUGUGUCAAGACCUGGCGACAGAUUACAUUUGGCAACGGGAUCAGUUCAACUUGGAACUCAUAAAUGAGAAUGGGCUCAUUUACCUCGAAGGUCAGGUACAGUAUGGCGACGCCGUGGAGGAUGAGUGGUUGGUCGUUUAUCUACUCAGGCGACUCACCGCCGCAAACCCCGACCUCUGGGUGCGAAUCUUCGACACGGACGGCGAGUUUCUCCUGGUUGAAGCGGCAAACGUGUUGCCCAAAUGGCUGAGCCCAGAGAAUGACCAAAAUCGUGUGUGGCUCCACGACGAGAAGCUCCUCCUCAUCCCCUGCAGAGAUGACUCGAAGCAGAAGUUGACCUUAAACGACGCCGUGAGAUUCAUCAAAGACAGAUCAUCUGAAUUUAUCCAUUCGACAUUCGUCGAGGCCGAGGCUUUCUAUCGAUUGGAGAAAUACCCUGGUCAGAUUCAGGACUCGUUGCACCACUCGCUGGUCACCGUACCGCGACGUCUAGCCUACAUUGUGCACAGCUCACCGAGAUCUGUUGCCCCGGCCGUCGAAGCGUUCUAUCUCCGGGACGAUAUCAACUUGAAACCCAUCCUUUCGUCGACGUCAACACUUACGUUCCCACCCGAGGACCUAGUUACUGUCAGUGUCCGGUUUAGCAAGGUCCUAUACGCCCAACUUCGAUCCCAACGCUUCGAAACACCUCCAAGGUGGCGACAUCUACUCCCCAACUUAGGCGAAGGAGUGGAGACAGUUGCCACGGAUGAAAGGACAAGAAGGUUAGAAAAAGGGAUGAAGUUGACCUGCGGCUACGAGAUCCUUGCAGCCAAAGCAGAGACAAGCAAGAGCCGUGUUGUGCGUGCGCUAGCGAUUCUAAUUGAGGACCUGAAAGAGGAUGGAGACGGGAUCCUGCCUUCCGACAAAGAUAUAGAGGCCUGGCCGGAAACAACGAGAAACGACCAGGAGACGUGGCUCGACAUCAACUAUGAAGAUUUCGAGUGUGAGCUCAGCGGUCGAACACAUCAAAAAGAUACCCAGAAUGAUGACAAAGGGUUCGGUGAUCCCAACGCAAAGGAUAAUCUGCGCAAGAUUGUUUCUCGCUUUGAGGCUUUCUUGAAUGACGAAACCGCUGGACCCGAUGGGGCGGAAAUGGACGAAAUGGAUUAUGACGACGACGACGACGAAUUGGCAUCAGAGGAUGAAGACAGUGAUGAAGAGGAUAAGGAGGUCAGCUUUGACGAAGAGGAAUUCUCGAGAUUGAUGCGGGAGAUGAUGGGAUUCCCGCCGAUCUCAGGUACAACCACACGGAAACAUGUCGACACCCAAGACCCAGCUUCGCCGCGGGCAGUAGAGACGGCGAAUACUGGAGCUAAAGAAGAAGAGGAAGUAGGAGAUGAAGAUGACGAUAUUGAGGAUAUUAGGAAGAUCACAAGUCAGUUGGAGGCUGAACUGCAGGGUCAUGGUGCCCUCCACCUAGAUCCUCCCACGAAGCGGUCAAACAUUACGGAAGGCCGAGGGCAAGGGGAAGCAGUCGAUGCUCAGGAGGACAGCGAGGAUGAAGUCGAUGUCGACUACAACCUAGCAAAGAACAUCCUCGAGAGCUUCAAAAGUCAAGGAGGCAUGGCUGGACCUACGGGUAACCUCCUCGGCAUGAUGGGAAUCAACCUGCCACGGGACGAAGAUGACGGAGAGGACGACGAGAGACCUACCACAAAUAAUACGAGAGAUGGUGCUGCAUAG